GGGGAAAGUCAGGAUGGCGAGAAGUCGAGUAAACGCAAGACGUCUCUGUUCGGCUCGGUUUUCAGGUCAAAGAAGGGGCUGCUCAGCUACUCGGAGACGGACCUCCGUAAACCCAAGGGCUUUGCUGCAUCCCUGUCCUGGAAGAAGAAGAAGAAAAGAGAUCUGUCCCAAGGUCUUUCAAGCAAUAGUGAUAUCCCAGGGGUCAAAGAGGACAUCAGUGAACAGGAAGAAUAUGACAACCAGGUAGAAGUAGAACCAAACCAGCUUGGUUUUGAGGCAACAAUGCCUAUGGCAGAACCGCCCUGUACUUCUGACCUAUCCCAGACCCAGGAUGUCUUGAGUGACAUGUCUCGACCCAAUGAGGAGGAUGCAGGUUAUAUGCCUUCAGAUUUGGGCAGUACAUCAAUACAAUUUAUUGACUCUUCACUGUCGGAUAGUGAUGCUUACCAGACGCCCCCAGAUAGCCCAGUCCCAGAGUACUUCUCGUCUGAUUACACCGAUACCCAAGCUGUAGAUAGAUCUUCUCAGUACUCCACAUCUGGGUCUGACAUCACAGACUCAUUCAGCCCUGUUCCUAACAUGGAGACUUCCGCGAAUACUGACACAUGCACAGUCCAUAAUUCAAGCACAGAUCUGAACCUGAAUGAUCAUUCUGAAGUAUCUAAAUCAGGAAUUUUAGCAGAUGUUGAGGUCAAAACCAUCACCACAGAUGUUGUUAAAAAAGAUUCAUACUUGGGAAAUAAAAAAUCAACUGAUGCUGUGCACCACAACUACAUGUCCUCCAUCAACCAGAGUUCCACCACUUCCGUCUCCGAGAUUCCCACCACUUCCAUUCCUUCCAUCCCCCAAAGUUCCAUAUCUUUUAUUUCUGAAAAUUCCCCCACUUCCAUCCCCAAAAUUUCCAUCUCUUCCAUUUCCGAAAAUUCCCCCACUUCCAUCGCCCAAAGUUCCAUCCCUACCAUUUCCGAAAAUUCCCCCACUUCAAUCCCCCAAAGUUCCAUCUCUUCCAUUUCUGAAAAUUACCCCACUUCCAUCACCCAAAUGUCCAUCUCUUCCAUUUCUGAAAAUUACCCCACUUCAAUCCCCCAUAUUUCCAUCUCUUCCAUUUCUGCAAAUUACCCCACUUCCAUCGCCCAAAGUUCCAUCUCUUCCAUUUCUGAAAAUUCCCCUACUUCAAUCCCCCAUAUUUCCAUCUCAUCCAUUUCUGAAAAUUACCCCACUUCCAUCCCCCAAAUUUCCAUCUCUUCCAUUUCUGAAAAUUCCCCCACUUCAAUUCCCCAAAGUUCCAUCUCUUCCAUUUCUGAAAAUUCCCCCACUUCAAUCCCCCAAAGUUCCAUCUCUUCCAUUUCUGAAAAUUCCCCCACUUCAAUCCCCCAAAGUUCCAUCUCUUCCAUUUCUGAAAAUUCCCCCACUUCCAUCGCCCAAAGUUCCAUCUCUUCCAUUUCUGAAAAUUCCCCCACUUCAAUCCCCCAAAGUUCCAUCUCUUCCAUUUCUGAAAAUUCCCCCACUUCAAUCCCCCAAAGUUCCAUCUCUUCCAUUUCUGAAAAUUCCCCCACUUCAAUCCCCCAAAGUUCCAUCUCUUCCAUUUCUGAAAAUUCCCCCACUUCCAUCGCCCAAAGUUCCAUCUCUUCCAUUUCUGAAAAUUCCCCCACUUCAAUCCCCCAAAGUUCCAUCCCUUCCAUUUCUGAAAAUUCCCCCACUUCCAUCCCCCAAAGUUCCAUCUCUUCCAAUUCUGAAAAUUCCCCCACUUCCAUCCCCCAUAGUUCAAUCUCUUCCAUUUCUGAAAAUUACCCCACUUCCAUCCCCCAAAGUUCCAUCUUUUCCAUUUCUGAAAAUUCCCCCACUUCAAUUCCCCAAAGUUCCAUCUCUUCCAUUUCUGAAAGUUCCCCCACUUCCAUCCCCCAAAGUUCCAUCUCUUCCAUUUCUGAAAAUUCACCCACUUCCAUCCCCCAAAGUUCCAUCUCUUCCAUUUUCCAAAGAUCCCUGAUCCCCUCAGACAAAACCAUGACCCAGAGUUCCAGUUCAGACUCAAAUUCUGCCUUUACCCUUGAAUGUUUCUCCACACAUCCACCUUCCAUUACAUCCACUGAGGUAGAAGAUUCUCAAACCAACACUGCAAAUAACAGAAACCUGUCUGCCAGUAACAGUGAUAGAGUGAAGACUGACCCCUCCAGUGCCACUGCUAAAAGCACCAAAUCCAUUUCAGUUUCAUCCAUGCCUGAAGUGAUUUUGUCUAGUUCUGUGUCCUAUUCCAGAAUUACAGAGAACAGUUAUAAAGAUACUGAUAUAAAGACAAUUUUAUCUUUCUCUAAUACUGAUGUUUAUGAAAGUGACUUAAGCUCAGUAACUCCCAGUUUACCCACAAGCACUCUACAUUACACUUCUGAUUCAAGGUUUCUGGAAGAAACUCACCCUGAAAGUAAUUGUGAGACUAUUUCAAUGGAAUCUAAUCAAACGGAUAAUUAUUCUUUCUCGACAUUUGCCACUGACUCAGAGAAGCCUGCUGAACCUGUCCUUUUUGAGGAUGAGUUAAAUAUAGAUUUACCAGGUGCGUCGAGAAUAUACACCACCAUUAAGUCAUCUAAAAAGGUCACCUUUGACCUCUCUGGUCACUCUGAGCCCAUCAGCCCUGACCAUUCCCAGAAAGGUCUCUCUAACAAUACGUUUUAUCCAGAUGUGGAAACCCUGACUGAAACAUCAGCAGAAGACCACGUAAAUCAGGAAAGAGACAAAAUUAAAUCGGCCAAUUCAUCAGAAACUUCCUCAGAUUUUCUAGACAGUGGUGUCUCCAGCACUUCUGAAAUCAGACCUGCCAUCACAAUUCAUCCUCCCCCUCACUUAGAUGUUUCUUACCAGCUGUUCAGCACUCGAUCCCCACAGGGAGAGAUAGACAAACAACAGAAAACAUGUGAAGAUUGUGAGGUUGAUGUUCAAGAGGCAUCUACUCAAAGUUCUGAGUUGACUGGCCAUGAUGAAACCACAGCAGAGGGUAUAACCACUAGAAAUGACCUUCAGAUGUCCGAGAAGAACAAAUAUGGACCAGAAGUGGAGGAAGGAAGUAGACCAGAUCCUGAUUAUCAUUAUAAAUCUCAUGUUAUGCCCAUCCAAGAACCUGAACCAAUUGAGAUCAUAACCGCUACUGAGAGUAUAACCAUUAGAAACGACCUUCAUAUGUUUGUGAAGGAAAAAUACGAUCAAGAUGUUGAGGAACGAAGGGUUAUUUAUGAUGAAAAUUAUUACGUUUCAUUUGAUCAAGAAAAGGACGCUGAAGAAGAAAAAAUCGUGGAUGUUUUAACACAAGAGCAAACGUUACUUCACAACAUUUCAGAAAAAUAUGAGGUUGAAGUGCAGAGAGAGGAAUUGCAAAUGGUCCAACGCACAAGAGGAGCAUCUGCAUUAAUGGAAGCAGAAGUAUGUGGAGUUAAAGUGCUGACAGGUCAAGCAGAGAAGCAGAUCCUCUGCCUCGAUCCACUGAAACCAGACUCACCAGUCAAUCAAGAAUGUGGCUCUGAAGAAUGCACUUCGGCCCCUCCCUUCUCUGAGCCGGUGAAGGUGUCACUUGCAGAUUCAAGUAUGGAAACACACAGUCACCUGGAGAUUAGGCCCCGCCCCUCGGCCCCGCACCAGCCCAGCGGAGAGAUAACAACACUGGAGGACACGGCAAGGUGCAUAUACCAAACAAGCACUGAUAACCCCCACGCCGAGAGGGAGGAACAUACCAGCAGGAAUAUAGACACAUCUCUCAAAAGAACACAGGAGAGUGAAAGUCAAGAUCACAGACCUGGGAAGAUCUCAGCAGAGGAGACCUUCACACACGCCGAAGACACAAGAUACACACAGGGGACGGUGACAUCCAGAGACUAUAUCUCUCACAGGAACUGGGAGAAAGUCAGUGAUAGAUCAUCCGAUGAGAUAAGGGAGGAGGACACCGCAAAAGUAAACACUUUCCCUGAUCAACUACUUUCAAGAAAUUUAGUACCUGGGGAAAGGACCUUCUGUCAUGCAUCUGUUCUCAGGACAGUGAUUGAAGAGUCUGAUACGGAGAGCCAAGCUGAGACUGAGCCUGGAUCGGAUGCAGAUAUGAGCUCGAGUGUUGCAGUGUUCAAACUCAGUCGACCGUCAUCCGCUCGCGAGGGCCGAGACGAGGCCAUGGUCGUCCACAAAGUGUCUCUGGUCAGUGACAAACAGGGCAGAUUCGGGAACCACGAAAGCCCGUUAGACGACUUCAGGCGUAGAGAUGAAGCGGAGCCGAGCAAAGCCAGUCCUGAGCUCGAGAGAAGGUGGAAGAGUCUAUACUCUGAAGAACAACAGACUGGCUUCACGGAGAACACACACCUCAGCUCCUCCUCUCAACUGGCCCACAGCUAUGAAAGAGGAAUCUACUCGUCUCAUUUUCCCUCUCAGACCCAGCCCACUUUACCCUCAGGGACUGACGGUGGCCAAGGAAACACUGACUGGAAAGUUGUAGAGAGCAAAGUUCAUGAGAGUGGGAGGAUCCGGGAGGAGUUUAGCUCAGCUGAAGAGAGAGAGAGAGAGACAAGGACAACAGUCUUUAGCUCACCUGUAGAGAGAGAGAGCGAGAGAGAGACUAGGACAACAGUCUUUAGCUCACCUGUAGAGAGAGAGAGAGAGAGAGAGACAAGGACUACAGUCUUUGACUCACCUGUAGAGAGAGAGAGAGAGCGAGAGACAAGGACUACAGUCUUUGACUCACCUGUAGAGAGAGAGAGAGAGACAAGGACUACAGUUUUUGACUCGCAGGCACAGUUUGACUCCCGCUUGAUGAUUGUGGAGACGGAUGAUUUCUCCUCGGAUGUUUUCCAAGCAACUCGGGUUGAGCUGAUUCCCUCGCCCACCGACCUCGAGCCUGACGCUCUCUCUCCCUCAUCCCUUACAGAAAUGGACAACCUUGUAGAUACGCUUAAAAGCAUGGAUCGACCGAUCCGGCAAAGGCUUCAACGUACCCCAUCCAACACUCCCUUCUCUUCACUGCCGCCUAUUGAAGAGGAUUCACCGGUCCCACCUCCUCUUCUCUCUCCUCUCUCGCCUGUGUCUGAUCCAAAGACGUCCCUGAAUGGCGUUUCCAGUUUUCCUCUAGACAUGGGCUUCAGCUGGAGUUCUCCUAAAGACAUGCGCUCUCCGAUGACCAUGGUGAAGGAGCAGCAGUUCGGAGAGGCGGGCCGAGGGCUUUCUCUGCCACUACGGGCGUCGGCGCUGAGCAGCAUCGUGAUGCGCAGGGGAUCCCUCAACGAUCUGACUAGUCCUGAAGAAACUCCCGGGAAAACCCUGACCAACGGAUCCGGAUCCCGUCUGGAGAACAGCUUCUUCUUCCAGCCGACGGAGAACGGGAAAGCUUCGAGUCGCUCCAUCUUUCGAGCAGCUUCUCUCCCGGAGAUCGGACCCGGUGUCGAGCGGAUGAGCUCCGCCAAUAAGGGGUCCGACCCGGCCCUUGUCUCCCGGCUUGAGCGCUUCUCCUUCCUCACAUCUCCGUCGUGUUCCCUCAGUGGGCUCGCCGAAACCUCUCGCAUGAGUGUGGCUCCGGGCCAGCAGAACUCGGCCGAGACCUACAACCACAAGUCCACGAUGGAGCUGUACCGCUCUCUUCCCUCCGAAGCCCUCCUCAAGAACUCACAGCCUUUGAGUCUUCCUCAGUCUUUGAGUCUUUCUCAGCCUUUGAGUCUUCCUCAGUCUUUGAGUCUUCCUCGCAGCUCCAGUCUUGAUGGAGGUCUUCUGAUCAACGACACCAGGGGUUUCCAAUCCAAUCCAAAUCCAGAACCAGAGCGAAACUUGCCCCUCAAAUACAGAGCCUUCCCUGAUGCAUAUCUCACGAAAGAGAAGGAGCACGGCAAACUCAAUCCUCGCCCCGGAAAGAUGCUGAUCUACGACGGGCCGGGGAUGAGCGGCCAGAGGAUCGAAGUGCGAGGCGAUGUUGUGGAUGCCACACCGUGGGAGUUUACAGACACCAUCUCAGUGCGAGUGAUCAGAGGAGGUUGGGUGAUGUAUGAGAAGCCAGACUUUAAAGGGGAAAAGAUCGCUCUUGACGAGGGCGACAUCGAGCUCAGAGACCCGUUUGGACCCGCAGAAGAACACGAGUCCCAUCAGAACGACGGAACGACAAUGGAUCGUGGAGAAGAAGACGAGGAGCCUCGGAUGAAGAGGAGGUGCGUCAUCGGAUCCAUACGGAGAGCAGUGAGGGAUUACAGCGUUCCUGAAAUCUGCCUUUUCCCAGAGGAAAACGCGGAGGGCAAGAAGGUGACGUUCAGAGACACGUCAGACGACGCCAGAAUCUUCGGCUUCCCGAUCAAAGCCAACUCCAUCAUCAUCAACGCUGGGCUAUGGCUGGUGUUUGCGGAGCCCUUCUUCCAGGGUGUCCCUCGGGUGCUGGAGGUGGGGGGGUUCUCCAAUCCCACGGCCUGGGGCGUCACACACCCUUACGUGGCCAGCGUUCACCCGCUCAAGAUCGGGGAACCCAGAGUCGAGAACCUCCAUGAGCCUAAGAUUGUGCUCUAUGAGAAGCCGUAUUUCACUGGGAAAAGCAGAGAACUUUACAGCAGCAUGAGAGACUUCCUGUCUCGAGUCGACCGGCAGCAGCAGCUGUUCGUGUUCAGCCCAGGAUCCAUUAAAGUCAUCGGCGGCUGCUGGGUGGGGUACGAGAAGGAGGGUUUCCGUGGCAACCAGUAUCUGCUGGAGGAGGGAGAGUAUCAUGAUUGGCGGGUUUGGGGUGGAGUCGAUUCAGAGCUGCGCUCGCUGCGCGUCAUGCGGGCCGAUCUGUCUGAGCCGCUGCUGGUGUUGUAUGGGAUGCCUGAGGAACAGAAGGAGGAAGAGGAGGAGAGAACGUUCGAGGUGACGGAGGCGGUUCCGGAUGUGGAGCUGUUCGGGUUCGGCAUCAACACUCACUCCAUCCACGUGCUGAGCGGAGCAUGGGUGGCCUACUCUCACGUGGACUUCUCUGGGAGCCAGUAUGUCCUGGAGAAAGGCUUCUACAACAACUGUGGCGACUGGGGCUCCGGAGACAACCGCAUCUGCUCGCUCCAGCCCAUCCUCGCUGCUCCCAGUGAAGGACCCAGCUUCAGAAACGAGGUGUUGUUGUACUCCGACCUGGAUUUCCAGGGCUCCUGUCGAGUCUGUUCCCAGAACCAGAGCUGUUUGCCUGAGAGCCUGUCGGUCCGGUCCGUCAGGGUGGUGGGAGGAAGCUGGGUGCUCUAUGGAGGAGAGAACUUCACGGGAAACAUGUGUGUUUUAUCUGAAGGAGAAUAUCCCAGCCUGACCAGCAUGGCCUUCCCCCCCGACUCCAGCGUUCGCUCCGUCAAAGCAGUGCCAAUGGGCUUUUCGGUGCCGUCGAUCUCUCUCUUUGGCCUGGAGUGUUUUGAAGGUCGAGAGGUCACUUUCGACUCGCCGGUUUCCAACAUACAGGAGGAAGGAUUCAAUACGCACUUCCUCUCUGUCAGGGUCAACAGCGGCUGCUGGGUGUUGUGUGAACACAGCAACUACAGGGGGCGCCAGUUCCUUCUGGAACCCAUUGAAAUCACAAACUGGCACCAGUUCAGCUCAGUGUCCUGCGUCGGGUCCCUGUAUCCCGUCAGACAGAAGCAAAGACUGUUCCGCGUGAGGAAUAAGGAGACGGGCCACUAUAUCUCAGUGCAGGGCGGAGUGGAGGACAUGAAGACGGGUCGCGUGGUCGUGUCGGAACAGGUCGAAGGAAUGAGUGACUUGUGGCUCUAUCAGGAUGGCCUCAUCAAGAACAAGCUGGCCCGAAGCACGAGUAUUCAGGUGAUGGGUAACGUGGAGCCCGGUGCUAAAGUGGUGUUGUGGACGGAGACGCGUGUGCCGGUGCAAACCUGGAGCGCAGAGGUCAGAGGUCAAAUCAAGAGCAACACCUUUCCGGGGAUGGUGCUGGAUAUCAAGGGAGGCAAAACAUACGACAGAGAGCAUUUGGUGAUCCGAGAGGAGAAUGAGGAGCGAGAGAGCCAGCAGUGGGAGCUGGAGUUUGUUUAAUCCCGCCUCCUCUCGUAAUCAUAUGACCUGCAUCUCCUUCUGACCCCACCCCCUCUUGUGAUCAUGUGACCCGCCUCUCCUUCUAACUCCACCCACUCUGACAUACGACCCUCAUUCACUCGCAUAGAUGAAGAGAGUUUAUCCUGUGCAGAAGAGAUCAAACAGAAACAUUCACCAAUGAGAGCAGAGGUCAGAGGUCACCCAAACUCGCCUGCAUCCGGUGUGUCUUAUUUGCACAUAAAACAUGAAUAUUACCCACAGGUCAUUUUACGAUGUGCACACUGAAGACGGUGCUGGUGGUUUAAGCUUUAUGAAGUCACUUCACCAGAUAUGUUCCAGAUGCGUCACACUGUUGAUUAUAGUGCUUUCUCUCAGAUCUCAUUUAUGAAUCCUGUGACUUUCGAAGCAUUCUUUCAUUUCUGCUCAUUUUGUUUACACACUAAUGUUUUUAUUUUCCUAUAUGUUAUUUGAGAUAUUGGGUAUAUUCUGGUUUGUAUGCUUUAAUAUCGAUAUCUGCGAUUAGUUUAUAGCCGCUGCAAAUGCUGUUCGCCUGAAUCCUGUCGGGUUUGUUUUUAAUACCAAAAUCUUUAUCAUGUGGAAUUGUUAUUUUUAGAAGAAAAAUGUGAAAUGUUAUGUAACAGGGAGUGGCUUCAAUUUUGUAAUAAAACUAUAAAACAAAAUCAUGUCAGAA